AUGAUAAAGACAAAGGACACGGAUGUAAAAGACGUGACCACAACUUCUGAAGCCAGAACAGCUCUGUCCGAUUAUGGAGGAAAAACAACUCUACAUGGACUACGCUACGCUCUACAGCUGGGCAUCUCGCCUACACGGAGGUUAAUAUGGGUGACGGUGUUGCUCGCGUGUGUGGGGAUGUUGUUGCUCCAGAUUGUAGACAGAGUGAUGUACUAUUACUCCCUUCCCAUGGAUGUCAACUUUCGAGUCAACUAUAACACUUCCCUGCUCUUCCCAGCAGUCACCAUAUGUAACCAGAAUUCAUUUAAGACAACCCUUGCUAACCAGUCAAAUCUGUACCAUCUGCUAGAGAAGAUGCAUGCACCCUCGGAUACAGUAACUGUAGAUGAUUUGCAAUACUAUGGCGCCGCAAAUAUUACCUUAGACACAAUCUUCCUGCUAACUGCACACAAAAAGGAAGACUUUAUCACCAAGUGCUCAUGGAAAGGUACAAAAUGCGGGCCAGACGAUUUCGACCUCAUCGCAACAGAUCAUGGAAUAUGUUACACAUUCAACAAUCGUGAUGUCGGAAAAAGCAUAUCUUCUGUCGGAAGCGGAAACGGGCUGCGUCUGACACUGAAUGUUGAGCAAUACGAAUACAUGGCCGGACCCCGUCGUGACACAGUGGGAGUGAAGAUGAUAUUCCAUACCAGAGGCGAUGUACCACAUGUAAACGCCCUCGGGCACGCUGUAACCACCGGGACACAUGCGUUCGUGGGAUUAAAGAUGUUCCAUAUCAAUAACAUGUUCCGACCUCAUGGGACCUGCACUGACCAGUCGUUAGAGUAUGUGGACCACUAUACCGUAGCCGGAUGUGUGCCGUCCAUAUGCUCACUCUAUCAAUACGUGACCUGCCUGAAACCUCUGCUUGCAAACAAGGAACUCCUCUUUAUAAAUACAUUGACGAAGCUAAUUGAUGAGGCAAAGGCAUAUAAAGAAUUCGCCACUAUUGACAGUGAAUUUGUGAGAGAUAACUUCUUGCAACUCGAUGUGUUCUUCAAACAGCUGAGUUACAAGGAAAUUCAACAGCAAAUCGCGUACGAUAUAUCUGCCCUUUUUUGCGACAUCGGUGGAUCCAUGGGAUUGCUACUAGGAGCAAGUGUGUUGUCUGUUUUUGAAAUAAUGGAAUUUAUUUCUAUUCAAACUUUUUUAACAUUCAGAAGUAUUUUCUAAA